UGCUGCUACUGUCACUUCUGCCGCUGUUAUUACAGAUUUUGCUUUUGCUCCUUCUACUGCAUGACAAUUCUUUUCCUCGUCUAAGCAGAUACCAGCCUCAGAUGCUCAAGGUGAGAAUCUUGCCUUUCGCUCUGGGCUAUUGGUUCACUUAAUCCAUCAGUUUUUCAGUGUUUGUGGCUUGCUUUCUCUCCAUCACCCUCUUUCCUCCUGUUUUGUUUUGUUGUGCUUGCUUUUGGGGGGAUGUUUCUUCCCUCCUGCGGAAGAACUGGAAUUGCUUGAGAGGCGUUUAAGGAAUUAUAAAAGUGGCCAGCAAACUGGAGCUCAGUAAUUGUGAAGCUGCUCUGUUUCUGAGAGGCAGAGAGAGCGACAGAGGGCUCAGGGCAGGGGGGGAAGAGGGGGAGUCUCAUUCUUCCUGCACGUUACUCCUCUCCCAGUUUGGAUGAUGUUGCUGAGCUCAGACCUUCUGUUGACUCCGACUCUGUGAUUUUUGCAUACCCCUGUGACUUUUACUACCAUCUCUUUUUGUCUGUGUCUCACAGUAAUGGACUGUGAUAGAGUUAAGGUCUUUUGGAGGUGAGCUGUUUGAGAGCUGAUGCUUAAACAUGUCUGAAGUAGCUGCUGACACUUUCCCAAGCUCCUCAGCUCAGCUGAGCCCUGACGCGUCCCUCGAUGGGCUCCCAGUUGAGGACAACAUGCCGGGGACCCAAAGAGAGGACAGGAGGGUCCAGGGGAUAGCAGGCCUUGCUGCAACCUGCUGUGUGUGUCUGGAGGCAGAGCGACUGAAGGGCUGCCUCAACUCUGAAAAGAUCUGCAUCGCCCCUAUCCUGGCUUGCCUGCUCAGCCUUUGCCUCUGCAUUGCUGGCCUCAAGUGGGUCUUUGUGGACAAGAUUUUUGAGUAUGACUCUCCUACCCACCUUGACCCUGGGAGGAUAGGACAAGACCCAAAGACCGCUGUGGAUCCUACAGCUCUCUCUGCCUGGGUGCCUUCGGAGGUAUAUGCCUCACCUUUCCCUGUACCUAGCACCAAGGGCAAGGCUGAAGUGACAGUGCAAACGGACAGCUCACUCGUGCCCUCCAAACCAUUCCUCCAGCCUUCUCUGUAUAACCGCAUCCUAGAUGUUGGGUUCUUGUCUUCUGCCGCACCUUCGCUGUCACCACCCGCCCUGGAGCCUACCACAGCAUCUCAGGCACAAGCGACAGAAACCAAUCUCCAAACUGCUCCAAAACUUUGUAAGUAG